AUGAGUGCGGCACUAUUCAUACUGGAUGAGGAAUUGCAUCUACUCGUAGCUCGUUCCCUGAAACCUAUACCUUCAUUAUUAGAACCGUUGGAAUGGUUCAUUAAAGAUCCGAAGAAAGAACCCAUUCUUCAGAAUAAUGGUUACAACUACAUAUAUAUACAAAGAGAUGAUCUGCUAUUUGUUUCUAUGAACUAUGGUACUAUUAAUGUCAAUCCAAUGACAACAUUUGCAUAUUUGGUCCAAUUACACCAGCUCUUUCAGAAGUACCUGGGACAGCAGUUGAAUAAAGUACUGGUUUGUGACAACAUAAAUGUAAUUCAUGAACUAAUUGAUGAAUCAAUAGACAUGGGAAUUCCACAGCUAACGGACUACAAUAUUAUCAGGGACUAUAUCAAAGUCAAGGUAGUGAUGAAGUCACCGGACAGUGACGACGAUGAUCCUUCAGCGUCUAAAAAAGAGAAGGGCGUGAUAAAGAAGACAGGAAGCAAGAAGGAGAAUGACUCGAAGGCAUCGGAUGAGAAUUAUAUCAAUAGUUUUAUUGCUAAGACUAUGACCUCUGCAAUAUCCUGGAGGCCGAAGGGUAUCCACUACAACAAGAACGAGUUUUUCCUUGAUGUGAUAGAACAACAGGAGUAUCUGGUAGACUUUGACCGUGAGCAGGUUCGAUCCAACGCUAUACAUGGCUCUAUAAAAUGCCGUUCGUAUCUUUCAGGAAUGCCGUCCCUCACUGUUGGUUUUAACGAUAUUAUUACCCGACUGAACUCCUCCAAUCAGAUACGUUACCACCAAUGCGUGGAUCUAAACUACUUGGCAAGCGAUGGACAAAUCAGGUUCAUUCCUCCUGAUGGGGAAUUCCAGCUAUGCUCUUACAAGCUCCCCAGGCCCGUUGCAGAGCUGCCCAUGAUUAGUCUGGAUGCCUUCAAUGUCAAAUUAAAGCCCAGCAAAAAGCCUGAUGGCAUCGACAGGCUGGUUCUCAGCGUUACCAUCUCUACCAACUUUAAGCGCCAAGAUUCCACCAGCUUUCUAAACAUCAAGGUUCCUCUAACCAAGAUAUUCUCCCAGUGGGAAGUAGACCUGUCCUUCCAACCCCGCUUCAAAUGCGAUAAAGGUAACGUUAUGUUUAACAUCACCGACGACUACAUCCUAUGGGAAUUGGGAAAGAUCAAAGGCGGUAAAGAAAACAGUCGCUUGACAAUGCAAUCCGAAUUCCACCUGUACUAUCAUCAGCGCUACGAGAAACUUAAUCAGGAUCUUUCUCAAUCUAUGGACCCUCCACCAGCUCGUUGCGGCCCCCAUCUAGAAGAACUGUACCAACAGACUCAUGAUAAUCCACAACAAAUCUCAAAGUCCACACUCUUGAAAAUAGACUUUGAAGUACCUUACUACACCCUUAGCGGUUUGAAAGUUCAGUUCCUGAAGAUUGAUGAGCAGCAACUAAAUUUUCAAUCUUUCCCAUGGAUCAGAUCAAAGACAGUUAAUCACGAAGUAUACGCAUAUCAACUAUAA